UCUGUCAUAAGGAAAAAAAAGCAAGUGAGGUGGGUGUUUUAAUCUGUUAUACUUUGUGCCGUCCCUCUAUUACUGCUGCAAGAAUUGAACUCAUUCAUUUUCCGUCCAUAUAACUCAACUUUUGAAUUCCUAUUCAACUUUUUGUGUGGUGAGUACAAACUGUAUGCAGGGUAGCAACCGUAGUUUGACCUAACAACAACACCUAAGGAACCUCGCUCGGGUCGAGAGCAACAUACAGGAUGAAUUCAAAUUCUUGCACACGCACAUGCACAUUACAUCACAUUUUAUUUUACGAUCUGAAAAGGGCGUGAAUGACACGAUGCACAACAUAGAAUAAUGUAGUGUAAAUAUCAGUCGUUUGCAAUUUCAAAUGACCAUCAUCACUCUUCUCUUGUUUAUAGAAUGAAGCAAAGAGCACAGAUGAUUAGGAUCAUUGCAUAAAAGUAAAAUGCGGUACAUUUUCAAAACGUAAACCAGCUACCAAGAACGUAAUGUUUAACAUGGGAUGUUGUAUCUGUUGACAACUAUAUAUUAUUAUAUUUCCAAGAGGAAACACUUAUUUUUACAUUACAUACAUGUAGAUGUAAAGAAAAAAAAAUCCCAUUUGUUAUUUUAAUGUAAGUUCAUUUAUUUAUCAUUUAUUUGUGCAUCCAAAAAAUGACAGCAUUCGUUUAAAGGAUGUCAUCUGACGUUUGCUUGUCUUUCCAGAGCCUUGAACAAUGCUGCUCAUCCUUUAAUGAAUGUGUGUGGAUGUAGUGCACGUGCGUGUGGAGGGCUGCGAUGCCGCUGGAGGUCAAGUGGCCGUUCCCACAAUGCCCGACGUUGGCAUGGAGGCUCUCCGGUUCGCUCAUCAUGGGCAUGGUGGGCUCCUAUUCCUACUUGUGGACCAAGCACAUGAAUUGCCUGACGGUCCACAACCGUGAGGUUCUAUUGGAACUCAUCGACCAGCGGGCGGCUGACACGCCCCUCAUCACGCUUUCCAAUCACCAGUCUUGUAUGGACGACCCGCACAUCUGGGGUGUCCUUAAGCUCAAACAAUUGUGGAACUUUAAGAAGAUGCGAUGGACUCCAACGGCAUCGGACAUCUGCUUCACAAGAGAGUUGCACUCUCGAUUCUUCAGCCGAGGAAAAUGCGUGCCAGUCUGUAGAGGUGAUGGUGUUUACCAGAAAGGGAUGGAUUUUAUUCUGGAGAAGUUGAACAGAGGGGAGUGGGUGCACAUUUUUCCUGAAGGUAAAAUCAACACAAGUGAAGAAUUAAUCAGGUUAAAAUGGGGUGUGGGACGCCUUCUCGCCGAGUGCACCCUCAAUCCCGUCAUCCUGCCACUGUGGCAUGUGGGCCUGAGUGAUGUCCUUCCCAAUGUGAGCCCCUACAUCCCUCGGAUUGGCAAGAAAAUUACCAUCCUCGUGGGAAAACCCUUCGGUGUCAAAGACCUCGUGGAAAAGCUCAGAGCAGACAACAAGAGCCAGUUGGAGAUGAGGAAGAUGCUGACCGACCUCAUCCAAGUGGACUUCCAGAGACUCAAAGUUCAAGCUGAGGCACUUCACAAAUCCUGACAAGGGUCAGGCCAGACAAAGGACACGACGCGGAAGGCCAUUUUGUGCAGGAGUGUGCCGGAGCAAGUGGAAAACAUUUUUAUCACAGGACGCAGUGUGUGACCGGAACUCCUUUUAAAACAUGUUGAAUGAGGCUGAACAUGAACUGACUGAACAUCACAAAUGAUGUAUUUUUCCUUUAAUGGUAUUUUUACCAUUUUAUGGUUGAAUUCUAUUCUGUCUUAUUGCAUCUUUCUAUGUAUCAUUAUUUUUUAGCUCAGUGCACAUUUGUUAUCCUGUAAAAAAACAAAACAAUCUCUGGCUCCUCCAUUACCGCUCAGUGUCAAUGUCAAUAAAGUUUUCUAUAUGUGGA